AUGUUGCGGUCGCCAGACAAGCUUUACAGUUCCAACCCUGACAUCAAUAAAUCAGGUGAGCCAAGCAGUAUGACUACUCGAAAGCGUAAACACGAUAGCGACUUCUCAGAGGCUCUCAAAACUUUUACAUCAGAGAUACGUUGUAUUUUGCAUGACUGGAAAAAGGAAAUUCAAGUAUCCGGAAUUAAAAACAAUUUGGACCUUGUAUUAAAAACUGAUCUUGAGAAAUUAAAUGCAUCCUUCGCUGAAAUAAAGUUGGAAAUAAGCACUGUUCGUCGGGAAUAUCACGAGAUUAAAAAGUCAGUCCAAUCUCUUAACUUAAAGAACAAUGAGGUAAUGAAGCAAAUCAUAGUUUUAGAAAACUCUGUACAGUUCAAUAGCGACCAAUGCGACAAUGUCCAAAAGAAAACGGAAUUAAUAGCCGUUAAUAAAAAAGCAAUUGAAUCACUCGAAUCAAAAUUAGAUUUAUUGACUAAUGAAAACAGACAAUUACAAUUGGAAAUUAACACAAAUAAUCAAAGAGACCGUCUGUUGAACUUAGAGAUCGUCGGAGUCCCUGAAAUCAAGGAUGAAGAUUUAAGUAAAAUAAUUCUCUCCGUUGCUAAGCACUCUAAUGUAAAUAUUUCCGCCGAUGAUGUCAUAGAAGUCAACCGUGUCGCACCGAAAGUCAAACAACAAGGCCGUCCAAAAAACAUAGUUGCAAAAUUAAAAUCCCGUCUCCUGAAGGACAACAUAAUCUCGGGUAUUCGAAAAAAUCGACUGACCACCAAAGAUCUUGGCAUUCAUGGCAGCGUACGUCCUGUAUAUGUCAAUGAGCAUCUUACAUACUGCAAUAAGCUUUUGCUAAAGAAAUGUAGGGAGGCGGUGAAACUUAGGCAGUAUCAAUAUGUGUGGACAAAAAAUGGGAGGAUCUACGUAAGGAAGAACGACACGUCUCCGGUUUUGCAUAUAUGA